AUGACAUCACAACAGUUUAUCGAAGGCAAAGCAAAAGCCAGGGCGAACGCGGAAUUGGACCUGAAAAGAUACCUCAAAGCUAUAUACCUCAAGAAAUCCCGAUUUACACCAGAAUGGUUUUGUGCGAACUACUUCCUGUUAGAGGUACAAAAUCGGUCGUACUUUACACUUGAAGAAGUCAUGCUCAAGCUUAAAAGACAAAAGCAGAAUGGCAAAGUUGAAGAGCUCGAAAAAGCCCUCUCGCGCUACUCACAAGCUGCACAUCGCGAAAUCGUAGCCAGACUCUUUGUCUUGCCACGCGAACUUCGCGACAUGAUAUACGAUGAGCUCUGGGCCUUGGAUGCAUGCAAGGAAACACUCAUCGAUAGGCUUAUUGAUGCAGACGACAGGAAUGAUCAACGUAGAGCGCUCUGGAUUCAGCGUUAUGGGAAGUUGGACUACUUUCUCCCAAGCUUGGCCAAACAGUGGUUUGGGGGGAGGCAGGUGGCAACAGAGAUGCUGAAGGCUUUUGGGAAAAGAGAUGGGACCGAUAUAACUCACAACCCGUGCGGGUUUAAUUACGACGAGACUUACCACGUCUCGUGGAAAAAGUUAAACGACCUGACCACAGUAAAGACGUUUCACUCCGACGUCACGCUGUACGAGCUCCUGGGAAACAUGGCUCUAGUCAUCGUUUUCGACUGCAUGGACGAGAUCGACGGAAACGAGGGUCUAGAGCGUAUAGGCAUACCAGGAAACUUCAACGCAGAACUUCGCCGCUGCAUCAAUACGCUUUCCUCUCUGCGCAACCAAAAGCCUCGCCCUGUCACCUUCAAAUUCGAGGAUCAAACGAGAGGCGUACCCAGCAACAUCACCCAUCUAUUUCGCUCGCUGAGUGGCCCUUUCCACGAACUCCGGCAGUUGGGAUUCGAUAUCAACAUCAGAUGUCAAACCGACGGCUACUUCCGCUAUCCCUCACACGGACGAUGUUGA